AUGAGCGAUGUCACAUCACAAACCCAGGACCCAGCGAUGGGGUGUAGCGUUUUCCCAGCUCCGCCGAGCGGUGCCGAAGCCCGGGUGGUUGUCAGACCAUUGCGCUCCAGCCGAUUAUUCUCCGCCCUCGUUGGGCCGAUUUCUUCUUCGUCGACGGCGCACGUCUUGAGCGGUAGAUUGCCAUUCCUGAUGGAUAUCUGUGGAAGUCAAAAGACUAAGAUCCUUGAUGAUUAG